CUAAGAUACCACUAUCCCACUUGUGAGGUGUUGUUAUGUAAUCUCUGUCCACGGUCCUGGCUAAGGCUGUUACAGCGUAGCAGGCCUUGUAAGGAGCAUCCGCUUACUUAGACGUCAGAAUGCCACCAAAGAAAAAGAACGAUGUUGCUAAGGCGGCAAAACUCGCCGAUAAGGAGAACUUGGCUCGAGCAGAAACGGAAAUCCUUUCUUUGCAACACCUGCUCGAGUUACGUAGCCAUGAGGCGCUGGAGGCCAGGCGCAGCGAGCGCAUGUGGCGCGAGCGCAUGGAGGCGUUUAGUCAAGCCAUCGAACAGCAGAAGGAGGAUACUCUUGACAUCACGUCGGACAUGAUGCGGCAGUAUAAGGGCAUGCAGGAGCAGCUCAUGAAGAAGGUAUCCGAUUUGGAGACCGAAACUCGCCAGCUGAAGAAGGUAAUUGAGGAGCGUGACGCGGAGAUUGCCAAGCUUCAGCAGGAGAAGGAGCAGCAGAAGAAGACCAGCGACUUGGAGAUUCUGCAGUACCAGCACAAGAUGGAGGAGAUGCAAGUGGAGUUUGCCCAGAUGCUGCGAGAGACCCUAGACCGCAUGCACGAGCGCCUGGCCAACGGCACGUACAACAGGAGCUAAGGCGGCGCUUGCCGUACACGUGUAGCUGCCGUACAGACCGGCUGCUGUAGAGCGGCUUGCUGUAGCUGCCACUAUUGCUACAGCUUCCUGUGACAGGGAGUAGGAGGGCAGGAAGCCCGCGUAGUUGAGAGACAAUGGGAGUCACGAAGUGUUGCAGAAAGCGGCAGUGCUCGAAAGGUAAGGGGAGGCGGAGGGACCCGUACCCGGUAUGUCGUCGCCAUACGGUGCCAUCCCGCGCCCGUUACCUAGGUAGUCGGUUGCUGCUGGCACGCUUGGAACACCUGGACCCAUGGCUCCAGGAGGCGGAAGAAGCAGGCAGGAAGGCAGAGAUGCAUGUUGUGCCUUGUCACGGCUCAUGGGUCAGGCCAUGACACCCAAGCGGCCUGUAAGAUAUGUCAUAUCAGAACGCGUGUUCCUGAUACCUUGCGGGUUGGAGUUAUCUUGCGGGGGGGAGCUCCGUGGACCUGACUGGCUUUCAAUGUCAGCCAUGUGGGUUUGACACACCAACCCACAGGGCGUGACACACGUCGGCCAUAUGGAUAAUGUUGCGUGCAGCACUAUCAUUCCGGUGAGCUGUGUGUGUGCCUAGGUCUGUUAGGGAGAGACAGGCUUGCAUGCUUACAUGUUGCGGGGCUGACGAGAAAGGCAACGAGGGGCAAUGCCUCAAGCAAUGCACUUUGUCGCAACCCCAUUCGUGUCGCGGGUUUGCAUUAUGACAACGACGUGUCUUUGGGGAUGUGUUUGCUACCGAGCAGCCGGGACGCUGCUGUGCUUGAUAAGUAGCGUGGAUAGGUAGGCGAGGGGCACGGUGGGCAUUUGGUUUUGUAGCUUGGAUUAGUCGCCACUGUACAAUCUACGCGAGCGAAGGCAUUACGUAGUUACAAUGAUUCGUCAUGGUGGGUAGUACGGUGCAUGUAGGUUAUCGUUGCGGUCAACUGUAGUUAAUCUCAUAAAUACGUUUUCAUAUACGUGUAUUGUGUGUGCAUGUUUAGGAAUUGAACUGCCGUACAGCGCAGUUUUCGCUUUGAGGACAAUCACAUGCGACGCGCUGGAAUCUCUGACAACGCAGCAAUGAAGGGGGUGUACGUUUGACAAAGGGUGCGAAGGUAACAUGGAUAGCAGUGUAAUGUAUUAGGUGUUUCCGUACGGCAUACGGCGUAUGUCGGAUGCAAUGCGUUCGGUGACACCGGUGAUGUGUGUCUUAAUGUGUGAGGGGUUAGCCUUGUACGGCAAGUGCACACCCAAGGAGCCGUCCGAGAGGACCAGCUAGGUGAGCCGCUCUCCCUGUAAGAGAUGGGACCUUGCAGAGAUGCCGACACGUAAAUGUAAGAUGCGACCAGGAACA